AAUCUUGAAAAGAGCAAGAAGAAGCACAAAGUGCACAAAAUAAAAAAUCGAAUUACAGGACUUAAAAACAAUACAAAAUUGAGUCUAAAUCGCUGGCUCUAAAACCCCGAACUCGGUGACAAAUCGCAUUAAAGCGGUGAGUGUGCGUCGGUGAUUAUUCGCGCGGCGUUUGGCCAACGAUUAUUGUUAGCAAUAGCAAACACAGCACACUCACACAUACGGGCAUACGCAGUGGCUCGCACACACUCACACAUAUAUAUGUACAAGCACAAACAGAACAGAUGAAAAUCUGGAAAUUUGUAUUCAUUAUUUUUAUUUUUCAUGACGAAUCAAGUUGUUAGUGUGCUUCUGGGAUAAAUCUCCAAAUCCCAAAAGUCAAGCGCAGCUCAGCGCACGAAAAAUCUACGUUUCCUGUCCACGAUUCGGGGCACAAAGCACGGAGAGCCCAGCGCCAGAGCAAGGUGGGUGAAAGGAAACCUCUGAGGUCGCAUUUUCUGCGACGACAUCUCGCCAUCUGAUACUGAAACGGAAGCGGAAUCGGACAAAGAACGCGGACCACCGACGAGUUUGUUAGUGGUGGAAAACGCGAGCAGUAGCACCGCGGAGGAGCGUCGUUUAUGACGCACAUUUGGGGAAAGUGAGCUGAGCACGAAACAGCAACAAAGGCAACCGCCACUGGGGCGACAUUAGAAUAGGAGCAGCAGCUGCAGCGGCACCAUGACGAUCAAGCCAGUAAGUGCACCGCCCAGUGCGAAGCGUGUGGCCGGCAAUGUGGUCGAUGCGGAUAACAAGGAGACGCAGGUGGUGGUGGUGGUAGAGCAGUCGGUGGCCAGCCAGGCCCAGAGUCCCCAAAGGCGUGGCGAAGUCUAUGACGAGCUGGCACGCACCCAUCGCUGCAGCCCCCACAAGAGCAACGCCCGUUCAAAGCGCCGUGACCACCAUGAUAGUCAUGGUCAUCAUCACAAACGUGAUCGUCUCGAGCGCGAGAAACUUAACCAUCCCGCCGUGGUGGCUGGCAGCGGAGGAGCAUCCGGCGGCGUGUCUGGUAGCAAAUGCAAUAGUCCACCUUCCACUUCCACUUCGAGCGGCAGCAGCAGUCCCUCGGUGGGCAGAAAUUCACCCGAACAUCUGGGCCUAGGCUGCUCCACAGUACCUACGGCUCAGGGACAGCUUGCACCGCCAACGGUGGCGACUGCCAAUCUACUGAAAUCGUCGGAAGAUGCCUUUUCGGGCUAUAACAGCGGGGACGAACACCUACAGCCCAAGGAGCACAACAUUUCAGCGGAAGAGUGGCAGCGUCGCGACGUAGAGUUUUCCAAAUGCAUGGAUCAGCGUGGAUACGAGCUGAAGCCUGUGGAAGAGGACGGCGCCUGCCUGUUCCGCUCCAUCUCCCUGCAGAUCUACGGCGACGAGGAGAUGCACGAUGUGAUUCGCCAGCACACCAUGGAUUACAUACAUGAAAAUCGAGAGUACUUUGGACAGUUUGUCACCGAGGAUAUUAACAGCUACAUCCAGCGGAAGCGAGCUCGUGAUGCCCAUGGCAACCACAUCGAGAUCCAGGCCAUAUCCGAGAUAUAUAGUCGCACAGUUGAGGUCUACUGCUACCAAUCGACUCCCAUUAACAUCUUCAACUCGGAACAGUCUCAGGCUGGCUACCCUCCUUUGCGCCUGUCCUAUCAACGCGGCUCCCACUACAAUGCCAUUUUGGAUCCAUAUAAUGCCACUGUGGGCGUCGGCUUGGGCUUGGCUGGUUACAAGCCCGAAAUUCAGACCGCAGAGGCAGUGCGUCUCAGCGAACAACUGGAGAUCGAACAGACCAUGUUCGAGGACAAGCUGAAGACAACGGACUGGGAGGCCACCAAUGAAGCCAUCGAGGAGCAGAUAGCUCGUGAGUCAUACCUGCAGUGGUGCCGCGAUAACAUGCAACGUUCGCGCAGCAGUAACACGGCCGCUGGAUCGGCAACAUCCUCAACGGUAACUUCUGCAGAGGCGCUCACCGAUUCCGAUGCCUCGCCGUCAAAGUACUCGAUGUGCGGUGGGACCGGCAGCAGUGGCAAUCCAGCCGCCACAUUGACAAGCUCCAGUGGUGCUGUGGACCCCACAGUCGCAGCCUUUUCGUUGUCACCCAAAACAUUGAGCCAGUUUUCCCACAAGUUGGCAUCGGAUGACAUUGGUGGCUAUGACAGCGACACCACCGACAUGAGCAGCACAAGUUCGGUAGGUCACUGCGGAGGUAACUCAUCACCGAGCACAGUGUCAACGACGGGUCAGCGGACGGGCAAGGGAUCAAAGACUCAGCGUCGUGCCACGGCCCUCAGAAAGAAGCGACGCCACGAGGCUCGAGAAGUGCCUCUAGCUGGGAAGAGCACUGAUAUUUUGGAGGCUCCGCUGCGAAAGAGUCCGAAGCGGGAUUCAGCUCCAUCAGUGGCUCGCGCCAAUACCCCGGAUGCUGAGCAGCGUCCUUGCACCUCAAAGCAGUCUUCCAUUUCGCCACAGAAGCGGGGCGAAGGUCAGUCGUCCAGCCAGCAGAACUACUCCAGCUUCUAUCAAGAACUUCUUGAGGCUUCCUAUGCCAAUGAAGGGGUCAACGAGAGCGAGAUGCUGCAACAGGCAAUCCAAAUGUCCACUCGCGAUUAUAUGGAGGAUCAGAAGCGCAAGUAUCUCUCCGGACCGUAGGCCGCUGCCCCCCGACAGCUGCGCCUUCUUCUUUGUACAGUGAUUUAGCAGUUCUUUUUCGCAACGAAAACGAAACAAAAAACUUACCAAAAAAAAACAAAAAAAAUCAACAGAAGGAAAACAAAAACUUCAACUAAACGCAGAAAUUAUCGACGAUCUUAAAAUGUUGAUGAAAGCAGGCGUGCCGCGUUAAUGGAUGAAAGGAGCAGGCUUGCUUUUCGCAGCACUUUUACA